AUGCAUGAGAUGAAAGUUGCUCAAGGUUUCAGAAGUCUCCUUCACUUUUUCAAAUAAAAUGAUAUAUUUUUUUAUCAAUUGACUAAUCAACUCAACAUUCUCUAUAAAAAAAAUAUUAACUUGUUGAAAAAUUAUUAGUUUUAAAGAUAUUUUAAUUCUGUAAAAUCUAUCAUAAAAUCUAUCAGUUCUGUAAAAUCUAUCAAACAACGAAGAUAUAAAAAGCAAAGAAAAGCAAAAGUAUUCUUGUAUUCAUAUUUUUAAUAUUUUUAUAUAGUUAAUACUUUUAAUCCUUUUUAUUAUAUUAUAGAGGAUUAUAUCUAUAUAUAGAAUAUAAGAUAAUAUCUAUAUAUAGAAAAUGUUAAAUUGUAUCAAUUAAUGGAUAAAAAAAUAUAUUAUUUUAUUUAAGAAAAUGAAAGUAAUCUUGAAACUGUUCCAUCUAUAAAAACUUCUCUAUGAACAACUUUCAUUAAUAAAGUCUUUUAUAUUUCCAAAAACAACGAAGAUAUUUAAGUAUUCUUGUUUAAAUCUUAUACCUGAUAUAAGUUUGAUAUAACUUAUAUAAGUCAUUGAUAGCAAUAUUAAUAAUCUAAGAUAAUAUUUUUGAAAUCACCAAAAUUAAUGUAAGUAUUGUAAUAUAUUAAUAUAAGUUGUUAAUAUGAUAAAAAUAAAUAUAGGAAUUAUGUACUUCAUACCAAUAUGAAAGAAUAUAAAGAAAUGAUGUGUAUGUACAUAGACCAAGUUUUUAAAUCUGACCUUUUCAAAAGUACAUUUCUGAAAGUAUUUUAUUUUAAUUUUAAUAUAUAUAUAAUUUAAAUUAUUAUCAGUAUUAUUAUAAUCAACAUUACCCUUAAUAUAAAUACGAAAUACCAACUAGACUUAAUAAAAGCUACUUUAUAUUAAAUUAAUAGUAAAGAAUCUUACCAUUCACUGUCCAUGAAAUCAUAAUUCCAAAGAUAGGCACGCGUUUAUCCAUUCAUUACUUUCAUCUGUAAAUCAAAUGAAAAAAUAAAUUAGUCUUAGUUUUUUAUAAAAUCACAAUUUAUAUUUUUAUCUUUAUUGACAUAAUACUGAUAAUAAUUUAAAUUUUAUAUAUUUUUAUAUUUAAUACAUAUUUAUAUUUUUAUAAAUUUAUAUUUUUAUCUUUAUUAACAUAUUAUUUAACAGUAUAAUAAAAUUCAAACAAUGAGAUUUAGUGACUGUAAUCAAAUAAACUUGAUUCAAAUCAAAAUUUAUUAUUUCACAAGUAAAUUCGAUAUUUUAUUAAUAUACUAAUUUAUUGAUAUUUAUUAAUAUACUAAUUUUUUUAUUGUAUUCGUGUAUAUUUAUAUAAAACUAAAUAUAUCAGUUCGUCAUUUUAAUAUCUACCACAUUGAAUAUUUUUCAUAUGCUCUUUUAAAACUGUAAAUAUGAUGCAGUUUUACAUAUGUAUAAUAACAAUUGUGCAAUAAUAAAAUCAAUAAUUCAUUACGUGCUCUUACGUAUUUUCAGUACAGUAUGAUAUAAUCUCUUUUAUUGUAGAAAGAUAUAAAAGUUACAAUGAAUAAGGUUAUGUUUACAAAUGUCAUAGCUUUUAACAAACAAGUUAUGUUAAAAACUUUGUUAAAAAGUUUGCUAAAGACAAGUCAUGAAAAUACAAAAGUUUCAAUUAAAUUUCUACAUACACAGAAGUUGGAAGAACUGGAAGAAGGUAAACAUCCAUAUCAAGAAAAAGAACCAUUAAAAUCAUUUCCAAAUAAUACUAAUCCAGAAACAGGCGAAGUAGGAGGUCCACGUGGACCAGAACCAACACGAUAUGGUGAUUGGGAAAGGAAAGGUCAAAUACCACCAAGAGAACGAUUCGUGGACUUAGUACUAGUGGAAACUGAUCCAAAUAAUGGAGAACUAAUAACAAAUAGUGAAAAAGAUCCAACAAAGUGGGGAGAUUGGCAAAAUGGUGGGCGAGUGAGCGACUUUUAAUUCAAAUUUUUGUGUAAUUAUUUAUUUUAAUAUAUAAGUAAAAUAUGAAGAAGUAAAAAUCUCGAUUAAUUUAAAUCUAUGAAAUUUAUUGUACUAGUUGUAAAUUUUAUUUGUUAAAUAAUAUUGCAAAUUUCUAAUAUAUUACAUACUAAGAGUAGUUAGUGCUAUGCAAAAUUAAAUAUUUUAUUCCACAAAAAAUAACUUUAAUUGCAAAAAUUAAAAUAAAAUUGAAAAUAUUAAAUAUUAUUUAAAAUGUAAUUAUUAAAAUUGCAGUUUAAAUGUAUUUUUUGUUUUACUUUAUAUAUACUUUAAAUAAUAUAUUUU